CCUAGAGAGGAAACAGCCUGCGACGAGAGAAGGACCGCUCGCGCUCAGCUGGUUCUCAUAAGCAUUAUGCGCGUGUCGCCGCCGUCUCUCAGGUGUGUGUUUCCCGCUCGUUGAAUGGCGCUGGUCACCGUGCAGCGGUCCCCGACCCCCAGCACCAGCUCCAGUCCCUGCGUGUCGGAAUCUGGUAGUGGGGAAGAAGACCGUCGUUCUCAGCCAAGGAGCAUCAGUGAGAGUUUCCUGACGGUAAAAGGCGCCGCUGUGUUCCUGCCCAGAGGGAACGGCUCCACUCCCUCCUCCGCCUCACGCUUCUCCCAGCUGCGCAGCAAACAUGCAGGGGACCUGCAGCAGCAUCUGCAGACGAUGUUCACCGUCCUCAGACCGGAGGACAACAUCAAACUGGCGGUGCGUCUGGAGAGCAGCCACCCCCAGGUCACCCGCUACAUGGUGGUGGUGUCCACCAACGGGCGUCAGGACACGGAGGAGAGCCUGGUCCUGGGGAUGGACUUCUGCCCCCCAGAGAGCUUAACUUGUUCUGUGGGACUGGUCUUGCCACUAUGGAGCGACACCCGCAUACAUCUGGAUGGAGACGGGGGCUUCAGUGUCUCCACCGAAACCAGAGUGCACGUCUUCAAGCCCGUGUCCGUGCAAGCCAUGUGGUCGGCGCUGCAGUCGCUCCACAAGGCGUGCGAGGUGGCCCGUUGCCAUAACUACUUCCCCGGUAGUCUUUUCCUUACGUGGGUCAGCUACUACCAGAGCCAGGUGUCCUCGGACCAGUUUCGGAUCAACGAGUGGAACGCCAUGCAGGACGUCCAGUCACACCGCGCCGACUCGCCCAACCUCUUCUCCGACGUACCCACAGAAAGAGAGAGGACAGAGCGGCUGAUUAAAAACAGUUUGAAGGAGAUCAUGAUGCAGAAGGAUCUGGAGAAUGUCACCAGCAAAGAGAUCCGAACAGAGCUGGAGAUGUCCAUGACGUGUAACCUGCGGGAGUUCAAGGAGUACAUAGACAACGAGAUGAUUGUGAUCCUGGGUCAGAUGGACAGCCCCACAGAGAUCUUCGAACACGUCUACCUGGGAUCAGAGUGGAACGCAUCCAACCUGGAAGAGCUGCAGAACAGUGGGGUUCAGUACAUCCUGAACGUCACCAGGGAGAUCGACAACUUCUUCCCUGGCCUCUUUGAGUACCACAACAUCCGCGUGUACGACGAGGAAGCCACGGACCUGCUGGCCUACUGGAACGAGACCUACAAGUUCAUCUCCAGGGCCAAGAAGGCCGGAGCCAAGUGCCUGGUGCACUGCAAGAUGGGGGUGAGUCGCUCGGCGUCCACCGUGAUCGCCUACGCCAUGAAGGAGUACGGCUGGGACCUGGAGCGCGCCUUCCGCUACGUCAAGGAGCUCCGCGCCGUCACCAAGCCCAACCCCUCCUUCAUGAAGCAGCUGGAGGAGUACCAGGGCAUCCUGCUGGCCAGUAAGCAGAGGCACAACAAGCUGUGGCGCUCGCACUCCGACAGCGACCUCUCCGAGCACCACGAGCCCCUGUCCAAGCCCUCCGCCCACAGCCUGGGCCCCUCUGACCCCCACAACCAGGCCAGUAGCACGGCCCCCACCCUGGAGGAGCUGCUGCAGCCGCCGGGGCCCUCGGCCCUCGGCGCCGCUGGGCCGUCCCAGUCCACCAGCCUGCCCGACACCGGGACCCUGGACGCCUGCCGCACUGCCCGGCCGCCGGCACCGAGGCCCCGGGGGGCCCCGCUCCCGCCGUGCGGCACCCCUCCCGCCCCCUCGGCCGGGCCCGCCUCCCCGCCGCUCCCCCACGCCGACGGCCCCCUCGCCCCGGAGGAGGACCCGGCCGGGCCCCCAGCGGAGGACCCGGCCGGGCCCCCAGCGGAGGACCCGGCCGGGCCCCCAGCGGAGGACCCGGCCGGGCCCCCAGCGGAGGACCCCGCCGGGCCCCCAGGGGAGGACCCUGCCGGGCCCCUGGCCCUCCUGCCCCCCGAGCUCUCCGCGGCCGCUGUCCACGAGAGGCCCCCUGCGCCCCCCUCCGUCCAACGCCUCCCCCCCGCAGCGGCCCUCAGCGCCGAGGCACCCGAGCGGCCCCUGGAGGCGCCGCCUCUGGCCCCAGGCCGGCGCGGGGCGGAGGUCCCCGACGAGGCCUCACCGGGUCGCGCCCGGCGCCUCUCCGGGUUGCCGUCGGAGAACGGGACGCCCGCCCCUGCUGACGCGACCACGGACCACAUCAACUUCUUCAGCGCCAGGGAGAAGUUCCAGGGUCUGUCCCAGGACGGGAAGCCUCUGGGCCAGUCUAAGGGCCCCCUGAAAGAUGGCCAGGGACCCCCCCUGGAGGAGGGGCCGGGCGACGGGCAGAGGGAGAGGGAGGAGGGCAGAAAGGACGACCCGCUCCGGGUGCAGAUCAUAGAACUGAAGCCUACUCCGCCUGUCAGCCAAUCAGAGCGUCCCGGCCAGCAGGACGAGGGCAGCGAGCGGGAGGCGGCGGAGGAAGCGCCGUCUGCGCCGGCGAAGGAGAAGGAGAGCGCCAGUGACGCUCCCGCCCCCUCCAAAGAGGAGGAGGGGGAGGAGCCGGACGGCGCUCCUCUGUGCAGGGAUUGGACGAGAGGCUCGGUGAAGCGCGUCACUCGGCAGCUGGAGCAGCGCAUGAAGCGGGAGCAGGACCCCCCCUCCGCCGCGCCCCCUCCGCCGCCCGGCUCCUCCUGCACUCGCCGGAGAUCGCAGCUCCCUCCCCCGUCCCCGCCUGAAGACCCCCCCAACGGAGGUCCGGACCCCCCCUCCAGCCCUCUGGACCCGGUCGCCGGCGGCUUCCAGGAGGCGGGUGUCGAGGUCCAGCGGGAGGUGGACCGGACAGAGAGACCCCCCCUCUCUACCUCUUCGCCCCCGUCACCCCGUCACCACCACCACCACCACCAGCCCUCUCUGCUCUACUCCUCGCCCCCCCCCCUCUCCUCGGUGGACUUCCUGUGCCUGGAGGGCGUGACGGAGCAGGACUCGUCGGACUGGGACCGGCCCGCCGACGGGAUGGUGAUGAGGGGGACGUGGGCCACGCUGCGGGAGCUGGGGGCCUUCCUGCAGCAGGUGAGCGCCAACAAGUGGGGGCGCGGCGUCGAGCAGAGGGUCCGCGAGGUGGAGGCCAAGAUCCGGCAGGCGGGGCUCACCCCCCCCUCGCUGAUGAAGCGCUCGGCCUCGCUGGCCAAGCUGGGCUGCCUGGAGCUGCUGGCCAACGAGCUGAGCGAGUGGGACCCGAGGGCCGACUCCGCGGCAGCAGCCGCCGCCCCCAGCGUGGCGGACCCCCCCCCGCUGCACGGGGGCAGCGACGAGUCCAAGAAGAAGCAGCGGGUCCAAGGCUACACCUCCUCGGGACCGCUGCCCCCCGCCCCCACCCCCGCCCCGCUGCGGCCACUCGGGCUGAUCGCCAUGGCGACCAGGCAGCAGUAUGGAAGAACCCAGCCCCUGAGGAGGCUGAAGAGACGGAGCGUGAGCAACCUGUACCACACCAUGUGACACACCAUGUGACCCCCACUACCACACCACCUGACCCCCUGUACCACACCACCUGACCCCCUGUAACACACCAUGUGACCCUCUGUACCACACCAUGUGACCCCCUGUAACACAACCAUGUGACCCUCUGUACCACACCAUGUGACACAACAUGUGACCCUCUGUACCACACCAUGUGACCCUCUGUACCACACCAUGUGACCCUCUGUACCACACCAUGUGACACAACAUGGGACCCCCUGGACCACGCCAUGUGACCCCUAGUGGGGGUUCAGCGGUGUGGAAGGGGAUGGGAACAAGCGUUGUCGUCUGCCUGCUCUAGCAAAACAAACCUAGCCUCUUGCCUUAAGUAAAACAUUCUUGCUGACAUUUAUGGUUUGAUCCGCAACACUGUCUAGAUCCUGUGACCUUUGCCCUUUUGAGCGUAAGCAGCGGUCCCAUGUAAAAAGGGGACUUUUUAAAUGUGUGUGCACAACAAGAGGGAAAUACACAAUUGACAUUUGUCAUUUGAACUACACAAAACCUGACAUACCUUCUCUGUUACUAAGAAAACGCGUCCGAACCCAGUCUCCUCCACUUGUUGGUAGACAUUCAAUCCUACCCCGUCACCAGAGGCCGAGCACGACCGUAGGAGGGUUGUGAGCCUGUCCGAGCCUUCAGCCAGCCCCUAGGGACAACAAUGGAAGCACAAUGUUGGUCAUUUGUGUGCCAUGACAAAUUUCUUUUUAUCAGCAUCUCUAACCUUGUGAUGUUUAGAACUGAAGGAACGUGAUGCCCUCAGCCCGGCGAGGCUGAGAACGAGGGCUGAAUAGAUACAGCCACACCCAGAACGAAUGAAUGAACGAGGAGGGAAUGAAUACAGCCACGCCUAGCCAGCAUUGUGGCCCUGAGCCCUACUCUGAAAGGAGAGAAUGGUAAAAACAAAAAAAAAUAGUAAAAGGAAAGAAAGGGGCAGGUUGGUAUCAGCCGUUUGUUUGUGACAACGACACAAUACCUCAGUUGGUCUGAGGCCAAUCUGCUGAGUAGCUUCAUGGGCCGCUGGGACACCUGGAGGCCGGGAGCCUUUCCACAUCAUCCUUCCACGUGAUGGGACACCUGGAGGCCGGGAGCCUUUCCACAUCAUCCUUCCUCGUGAUGGGACACCUGGAGGCCGAGAGCCGUUCCACAUCAUCCUCCCUCGUGAUGCUCAUCGACUGGGCCUUCUCAAGGCAGUGAUGGCUCUGAUUGAAUUCAAACUGUAGAUGUAUCCCAUCUUUUAAAAGAGAUCUGGCCUCAUCAGGGCUGGUGCUGAGAGGAGUUUAGUGCAGUCCUGGUCACUUCUUGUCUUUUACCCCGGGGGGUUGGUUGUAAUAUGUCUUUCAUUGCUGUUGAUGGGGUCUUUUAUCCCCAGUCAGGACCUUUGGUUUGGGUGGGAGGUCUUCUUUUAGCACAGCCCUGCGUGGGCGGGACUAGCAGGGCUGCAUCUCAAACAGACGUCUGUGGGCCUCUGAGCAGUGCAGCGUCUCCCUGUACUGUGGACAUGAACCCAACAUGUCUUUACCGGUCUGUUGAACAUGCACUUUACUACGUUUGUACGGUUUUAGAUGGUUUUUAAUUUUUUUUAAAUGUAUGUUGCUACUAUUGUGGAGGAAGCUCAGUGCGGUUUGUGUGUGUGUAUGUGUGUGGGGAGACAGUUAAUGAGUGUGUGCGCAUUCAUGUAAAAAAGGUUGUGUGUUGCCCCUUUAAAUUAUCAAUGUAAAUAACCUUUUAUAUAAUGUGCUUCAACUGUGACCAUUAAAGAAUGGAUGACAUCAAACUAUUGAUUGAAUCUGUGUGGAUUUAUAAAAUAAGUUUACCCAAUUUGGGCCGACAAAGGCACAUGAGAAGGAACCAGUAAUCUGCAUAAGCAUUCUUAAUACUAAACAUCCAAGCCACCAGAAAUUGAACCAAUGAGCCUUCCUUCCUGUUGCAGCACAUUGACAGAUUCCCCCAAUCCUCGUCUCUGAGCCUGCUCAGGUAAAGAGAAACCCCCAAUCCUCGUCUCUAAGCCUGCUCAGGUAAAGAGAAACCCCCACUGCUCAGUCUCAACACUCCUGAGCCUGUUCACGUGUGGAAAACCCCCACUCCUCACCCCUGAGCCUGCUUAGGUGAGGAGAAACUACAGUCGCGACCCAGACGUGACGGACAGGUUCCAACCCGGUUAUACUGGAAGGUAGAAGACGGAUUAACUUAAAGCUUGCAUAAAGGCUACACCACAUUAAGAGUCUCCUUUAUAAGGAGGAUAUUCAGAGUUAACAUACAGUACACACAUUUGUAAGAUUUAUUUGCAAAAUGCAAUCUCCAUGUAGUAUAUCGUCUCUUACAGGGGUGAGGUUCACAUAGUAUAUAGUUUCUUACAGGGGUGAGCUCCAUGUAGUAUAUAGUUUCUUACAGGGGUGAGCUUCAUUACUUGGGUGAGUUUUAUUUGGUAUAUAGUUUCUUAUAAGUCCUCCUUUAUAAGGUGGACUGCUAUUGGUAGGGAUGAGCUUGAUGACCAAGAUCUAGAAGCAUUGAAACACUAAAUAUAAAGAAGGAAAAUUAUUGUAUGAGUUCAGUUGAAUGGUAGCUGUUGAUGAUGGUUUGGGUGGUAUGACGACUGAAAUAAAAACACCAGCUUUUGAAUGAAAUGUGUAUAUUUACAACUGAAUCGUCUACAACUUGACAAGAUGAACAAACAGUUCUCCAUUCAGAAUUUGUUCUGCUUUCAUUCACGUAUUUUUAUGUAUUCAGACAUUUGUCUAAAAUGGUAUUACUGAAAAAAAUGUGAUUACAACACUAUUGAAUGCUGCACAAAGUACAAUACUUUAACAUCCUAUUGUCAUAACAUGUCAAUUAUGUUAUGUUGCCAGUAAGGGGGUGUCAGCUCUUAUGGACAGUACACAAGAGCUUCAGCGAGUCAAUGUUACCCUCAAUACUUUCUGAAAGACAUCAAAGGCUGUAAAAGGCGUCCAUUUAAACCCUCAGCUCACCUUCAGAAAUCCUACAAAAUAACACAAAACAAAGUU